GAGCGCGCUCUAUGACGCAGACACGUCACUGAUGGCGGACCGCUCAGUCCCCAGACCCACACACGGAGGGACAAACGGGACAAAGUCACCGAGCCAUACUGUCACUACCCCCCGUAAAGCCUGAUUUCCGAACUACGGUCAAACUAAACCCUCCUCGGUAAGAGUAGUAGUUAGUAGUAUGUGGGACGGGACUGGCUCGGAGAGCACUGAGCGGGACCGCGGAGCAGAAGUAGAGUGAAGCAAGCGGGUCACGCCGGCUGACGCACCGCAUGUUGAGCCAGCAAGUUGGCGUGCAGAAAAGUGGCGUCGAGCCGGAAGAGAAGGAUCUAAUUCCCUUUAAAGUGGACUCUUGUUGCUGCAACUAUGAAAUUCGCCGAGCACCUUUCGUCCCACAUCACCCCUGAGUGGAGAAAACAGUACCUUCAAUAUGAGGCAUUCAAGGAUAUGCUGUAUGCAGCCCAGGACCAAGCCCCAUCCACUGAAGUCACAGAUGAGGACACCGUGAAGAGAUACUACGCAAAAUUUGAGGAAAGGUUUUUUCAGACCUGUGAGAAGGAGCUUUUGAAAAUCAACACGUUUUAUUCAGAAAAGCUAGCUGAAGCCCAGAGACGUUUUGCUACCCUGCAGAAUGAGUUGCAGUCUUCACUGGAUGCCCAGCGUGAGAGCAACGCACCGCCAGGGCUGCGCAAACGCAAGACUGUGUUCCACCUGUCGCAGGAGGAACGCUGCAAACACCACAACAUCAAGGACCUGAAGCUUGCCUUCAGUGAGUUCUACCUGAGCCUCAUCCUGCUGCAGAACUACCAGAAUCUGAACUUCACCGGUUUCCGCAAGAUCCUGAAGAAACAUGACAAGAUCCUGGAUACCUCCCGUGGGGCUGACUGGCGCGUGGCUCACGUGGAGGUGGCACCGUUCUACACCUGCAAGAAGAUCACACAGCUCAUCAACGAGACCGAGACGUUGGUGACCACAGAGCUGGAAGGAGGAGAUCGCCAACGGGCGAUGAAGAGGUUGAGAGUUCCUCCGCUCGGGGCUGCUCAGCCUGCUUUGGCAUGGACAACAUUUCGUGUCGGUCUGUACUGCGGCAUCUUCAUCAUCCUCGCUGUCGCCUUCACCCUCACCGGUGCAGUGUUCAUCCGCUAUGAGAAUGUGUGGCCUCUGGUCCGGAUUUACCGGGGCGGCUUUCUAUUGAUCCAGUUCCUGUUCCUGUUGGGCAUUAACACAUAUGGUUGGAGGCAGGCUGGAGUCAACCAUGUGCUCAUAUUUGAAAUCAAUCCUCGCAACAACCUCUCACACCAGCAUCUGUUUGAGAUCGCUGGUUUCCUCGGCGUGUUGUGGUGUCUCAGCAUCCUCUCAUGUCUCUACUCGGAGUACCUCUAUGUUCCCAUGCAGAUCAACCCUCUCAUCCUCUACGGCUUCAUGCUGCUCUUCCUCAUCAACCCCUUCAAGACCUGCUACUACAAGUCUCGUUUCUGGCUCCUCAAGCUGCUGUUCCGAGUGUUCACCGCACCGUUUCACCGUGUGGAGUUCGCAGACUUCUGGCUGGCUGACCAGCUCAACUCGCUGGUGGUGGUCCUGAUGGACCUGGAGUAUCUUAUCUGCUUCUACAUCUUUGAGCUGCAGUGGAGCAACAGGAAGGGCUUGUUGCCCGUAAUAAACGACUCCGGUAACUUUGUAUGCCAUAGCUACUCGUACGGCCUGCGUGCCAUCAUUCAGUGUCUGCCCGCCUGGUUGCGCUUCAUCCAGUGCCUCAGGCGUUACCGGGACACCAAGAGGGCCUUCCCCCACCUGGUGAAUGCUGGGAAAUAUUCCACCACCUUCUUCGUGGUCACCUUCGCCGCGCUGUACGCUACACACAGAGAGCAAGGCCACACAGAUGCAGACAUGUUCUUCUACCUGCUGAUCGUCUUCUCUUCUAUAAGCUCCUUGUACACACUGAUCUGGGAUCUGCGUAUGGACUGGGGUCUGUUUGACCGUGGAGCUGGAGAGAACACCUUCCUCAGAGAGGAGAUUGUUUACCCACAUAAGGCCUACUACUACUGUGCCAUCAUCGAAGACGUGAUUCUGCGUUUUGCCUGGACCAUCCAGAUCUCCCUGACGACUAUGACCAAGAUUCACUCAGUGGGGGACAUCGUGGCAACUGUGCUCGCUCCUCUGGAGGUCUUCAGGCGUUUCGUGUGGAACUUCUUCCGUCUGGAGAAUGAGCACUUGAACAACUGUGGUGAAUUCCGUGCGGUGAGAGAUAUUUCCGUGGCUCCGCUCAACGCCGAUGACCAGACGCUGCUGGAGCAGAUGAUGGAUCAGGAGGACGGAGUCCGGAACCGCUCUGGCAAGAAGACGUGGAAGAGGUCCUACAGCCUCUCACUGCGGCGCCCUCUGCUGUCCUCAUCACAAUCCAAAAAGGACACAAAGGUUCUAAUUGAAGAUACGGAUGACGAGGCCUUCAGCUGAAUUCCCCAACACGCAUAUAAACGUAUGCUUUUAUUUAGCAGCCAGCUGCAUAGACGACUGUUUACAUGCCCUUUGGACUUCUGCAGGAUCUACAGGGACAAUGAAAAGACUCCUAACAAAUACUCAGUGGAGACCUGAGGAAGGACUCUAACACACAGCAUAUCAAAAACAAAUCAACUGGUUUGACCUCGGAUUAUUUUAUACUCUUUCCUUCUUUUUUUUUUUUGAUUUUCUUAAAUUUGCGUUGUUAUAAGACAAGAAGUGCUGUCACAACGACAUUAUGGAGGCACUUGCGGGAAAAGUGCAUUUAAUAUACAAACGACUUGUACACAACAAGGGAUGUUUUUGACACAAAUGUAAUAUAAACAAACAUAACACAUCGAUGUGCAUUAAUACGUUUCCGUCAUAGUUAUGUGUUGUUUAUACUCGUAAGACCACAUGAUGAUGUAUUUUUUAAAGGUGUUUUGGACACAUUUAUACUCAAUUUCUUCAGAUUACUGCAGAAUGAAUGGUCUUAAAGUGCUUGGUGCGUGUUGCAUUGCUACUCUUUGCAUUAACUGCCAAAACGAAGAAUGUCUUGUGGUUUUAUCUACUUGUUUGCUAAUGACUAACUCGUGUUUAUGUCUACACGACUCAUCAGCUUCCUUCAGAAUAAUGAAGUCACGGUUUUGACACUUAGAUCCAUUGCAAAUGGAAUUAAAACAAACAAUUAGCUUUAAUAAUCACUGAUAUGUACGUAUUUGGUACUUGAGGGUUAAACUGGACUUUCACACAGAGACGCCGCAAAAUAGGCCUGCUUUUUACACCAAACACCACAAGCAACACAGCAUCCCGCUAUCAGAUCAUUGGAUGUCCAUCCGUCCAUUUUUUAUACCGCUUAUCCACACAAGGUUUGUGGGCAUGCUGGAGACUAUCCCAGCUGUCUUCAUGCAGAAGGUUGGGUACACCCUGGACUGGUCUCCAGCCAAUCACAGGGCACAUAUAGACAAACAACCAUUCACACUCACAUUCAUACCUAUGGACAAUUUGGAGUCGCCAAUUAACCUAGCAUGCAUGUUUUUUGACCAAUAAAAUACUUGCUGUUCACACAAUAGGGAUGAUGUUGACAUUUGAGCAUUCCCUUUUACACAUGCACGUCUGAUGCCUCCCAGACACAAUAAUGGUGGGACAAUUAUUCCUCUUCUUUUGGGUUGUUGCCAUUCAUAGAAUAUGGCGGCAUAUACAGUGCAUCCGGAAAGCAUUCACAGCGCUUCACUUUUUCUACAUUUUGUCAUGUUACAGCCUCAUUCCAAACUGUAUUAAAUUAAUCUCCUACCUCAAAAUUCUACACAAAAUACUCCAUUAUGACAAUGUGAAAAAAGGUUUUUUUGACAUGUUUUGAAUUUAUUAAAAAUAGAAACCUAUCACAUUUACAUAAGUAUUCACAGCCUUUGCUUAAUACUUUGUUGAUCCACCUUUGGCAGCAAUUACAGCCUCAAGUCUUUUUGAAUAUGAUCCCACAAGUUUAGCACACCUAUCUUUAGGCAGUUUUGCCCAUUCUUCUUUGCAAUAAGUCUCAAGCUCCAUCAGGCUGGAUGGGAGACGUCUGUGCACAGCCAUUUUCAGAUCUCUCCAGAGAUGUUCGAUCGGAUUCAAGUCUGGACUCUGGCUGGGCCACUCCAGGACAUUCACGUAGUGGUUCUGAAGCCAAUCUUUUGAGAUCUUGGCUGUGUGCUUCUGGUCGUUGUCCUGCUGAAAAAUGAACCUUCGCCCCAGCCUGAGGUCAAGAGCGCUCUGGAGCAGGUUUUCAUCCAGGAUAUCUCUAUAUAUUGCCGCAUUCAUUUUUCCUUCUAUCCUGACUAGUCUGCCAGUUCCUGCUGCUGAAAAACAUCCCCACAGCAUGAUGCUGCCACCACCAUGCUUCACUGUAGGGAUGGUAUUGGCCUGGUGAUGAGCAAUGCCUGGUUUCCUCCAAACAUGGCGCCUGGCAUUCACACCAUAGAGUUCAAUCUUUGUCUCAUCAGACCAGAGAAUUUUGUUUCUCAUGGUCUGAGAGUCAUUCAGGUGCUUUUUGGCAAAUUCCAGACGGGCUGCCAUGUUCUUUUUACUAAGGAGUGGCUUUCGUCUGGCCACUCUACCAUACAGGCCUGAUUGGUGGAUUGCUGCAGAGAUGGUUGUCCUUCUGGAAGGCUCUCCUCUCUCCACAGAGGAACGCUGGAGCUCUGACAGAGUGACCAUCGGGGCCUUGGUCACCUCCCUGACUAAGGCCCUUCUUCCCCGAUCGCUCAGUUUAGAAGGCCGGCCAGCUCUAGGAAGAGUCCUGGUGGUUCCAAACGUCUUCCAUUUACAAAUAAUGGAGGCCACUGUGCUCAUUGGGACCUUCAAAGCAGCAGAAAUUUUUCUGUAUCCUUCCCCAGAUUUGUGCCUCAAGACAAUCCUGUCUCGCAGGUCUACAGACAGUUCUUUUGACUUCAUGCUUGGUGUUUGUGCUCUGACAUGCACAGUCAACUGUGGGACCUUAUAUAGACAGGUGUGUGCCUUUCCAAAUCAUGUCCAAUCAACUGAAUUUACUGCAGGUGGACUCCAAUUAAGCUGUAGAAAGAUCUCAAGGAUGAUCAGUGGAAAAAAGAUGCACCUGAGCUCAAUUUUGAGCUUCAUGGCAAAGGCUGUGAAUACUUAUGUAAAUGUGAUUUCUUAGUUUUCUAUUUUUAAUAAAUUCAAAAAAAAGUCAAAAAAAAAAAACGUUUUCACAUUGUCAUAAUUGAGUAUUUUGUGUAGAAUUUUGAGGUAAGAGAUUAAAUUAAUACAAUUUGGAAUGAGGCUAUAACAUGACAAAAUGUGGAAAAAGUGAAGCGCUGUGAAUACUUUCCGGAUGCACUGUUGGGAAAAAAGGCUAUUUUGCUGCAUCUCUGUGUAAAAGAGGCUUGUGUUAGUGGGUCAGAACUUGAGAAAAUGUGCCACUAGUUCUUUUAACGUUAUUAUGAAUAGAAAUAAUUUGACUCAUUCACCAAAAAUCACAAAAAGUGAAGCCAAUUUUCCAUUCAGAAGCCAUACGUGCUCUUAUUUUGAAAGUUUUUCAUCACUACGCUGUUUCAGACUGGGACAAGCGAUGAACAUUUGACUAAAUAUCUUUCAUCCACUAUGGGGAAAAUCUAAGAAAAUAUUCAUUUUAAUUGGAAGGUCCAAUCUCUGAAUGUUCUGAAACUCCUGUUUCCAUGGCAGUGUUCAGCAGAACCAUGCAGCCUGGAGGAGGGAGGGUUGGGUGGAUAGAUGGAUGGAUGGAUGGGAUGGAUAGCUCUCAGAGCUGAUGUCAUAUUGUUCCACUUUGCUAGACAGCAACCAGUUGAGAAUGACUCCGCAACAGUGCCUCUGCUGGUUGCAGCCAAGUAGUGCACUUCAUUUUGCUUCAAUGAAUUGUACUAAUUCAUGGAUGCUCAAACUGUGGUACGGGUGCCACUCGUGGUUAUAUUACAGACAUAUACUGUACAUAUGAAAUAUGUAUGUUCAAAGAUUCACUGAAAUUGUUGAAAUAUUCUUUAAUUAAUACGCCAAUGCAAGUAAAUGUGAAGUAAUGGCAGGUGGAGGUAGACACAUCAGUGGUCCUGGUAAAGCAAAACGUUUAGAGAUGUGAGAAUCAUUGGACUUAUUGAUUAUUAAAUAACCAAUAAAAACACAGCGCGGAUCUCACUUUGGACACAUUGCCCUAAUUCAUUGAUUAAGAGGUCCAUUUUACCCCAUCGUUAUCGCUAUGGCUUCCAUGUUCGUCUCCACGGUGACAAUGUGUCAUCACCAGACGGGCACGGAAGUAACAAUCUGCUUAAAUGCAGAAAAAGUAGCGGAUACCAUGUUUGUUUUUUAGAUGACGUAAAAUACACAGCAUCACCACCACACCAUGUUUUGUAAAAAUAAAUAGUUGCUUUGCCUGCAUGCUGCUUUUUGUUGCCAAUGUACAUAGAAUUUAAUUUAUUGGACAUGAUGUGUAUAUUAGCAAUGAUGCUGAUGCAGCCAUGAUUGAUGUUGCCAUUUUGGACAAGCAGUAUUUUGUAGCUUUUAUGUGUGUGUAUUUGUAUUUUUAAAAAGGUAGAUAUGAAUAAGCGUAUAUUUGUGCAUGAAGAUAUUGUGGCUGUGGCAUGAGUUAAUUAAUGUAAUGUGGACAGAUGCACUUUGACCCCACUGGAGGAAACCGGAAACUUUGUGAAUUGACGUUCAAGUGCUUCAUGAUAUUCGUCAUAGUUGUUGUCUAGACUAGCUGAAUGUGUUAGUACUCGUUGUGAUUUGAAGAGACUAAAGAAAAGAAGAAAAUGUCUUAUUGUAGCUCAUUCUCCGACUGCUUUUAUCUCUAGUUUGUACAUGUUGACUGUAUUAACCUGUUCUAUGAUGUCUUUGUAUUUCUGUACACACUUUGGUGAUCCUGUCAUAUCUGGGUUUUAUAAACCACCCUUAUUUUUAAAAGCUGAUAUGCCUACACUCUUUU